UACUCCAUUAAGAACUGCACUAUGUCAUCGGUUACCUUCCAGGAUCUACCUCUCAAUAUCUAUAUGUUUAUCUUCGGCACGGGUAUCUUUGUCUUCGUACUCAGCCUCAUAUUCUGCUGCUAUUUCAUAAGGUACUGUAAAUCUGAUCUCACACACACAAGCACAUAAAUAAACAUAAAAAGGUGUAUAUCUGGUGUAUAUAUGAUUCGCUGUAGGACAAUAGAAGCAGGCGGUGAGGAGUAUUAUCAGGAAUGUGGUGAAAGACGACAGGAAAUUGCUGUAUUGAAAACACACAGGCAGGCAGAUGCAUGUAUGUUGAUCGUGUUAAAUCAGUGCAACUAUUGUAUUACAAAGCAAAUCAAACCAUUUCAAAUAUCUGAACAAUCUACCUCUGACAUUUUAUCUCUUCAGUUCUAUUCUAUUCUAAUUUAUUCUUUUCCUACCCUAUUCUGCUCUGUCCCCUUAUAUUCUAAUCUAGUCUUCUUCAUCCGUCUUUCUCUACUCAGUCUGCCCUCUCCUUUUCUAUUCUAUUUUAUUCUGUUAUUUUAUUUGUAUCCUCUCCUUUCCUACUCUAUUCUUUUCUACUCUACUCUGUCCUCUCCUAUUCUAUUAUAUUCUAUCCUACUCAACUCUUCUCACCUUCACCCUCUUCUAUUUUAAUCUGCCCUAUUGUAUCCUACACCCUAUCCCACUUGACUUUUCUCUUCUGUCAUUUCCUAUUCUAUUCUAUUCUAUUCUAUUCUAUUCUAUUCUAUUCUGUCCUACCUACAGUUGAAGUCAGAAGUUUACAUACACCUUAGCCAAAUACAUUUAAAAAAAACAAUCACAAUUCCUGACUUUUAUUCAUAGAAAACUUUCCCUGUCUUAGGUCAUUUAGAAUCGCUACUAUAUUUUAAGAAUGUGAAAUGUCAGAAUAAUAGUAGAGAGAAUUAUUUAUUUCAUUUUUUAUUCCUUUCAUCACAUUCCCAGUGGAUCAAACAUUUACAUACACUUUGUUAGUAUUUGGUAGCAUUGCCUUAAAAUUGUUUGAAUUGGGUCAAAUGUUUUGGGUAGCCUUCCACAAGCAUCUCACAAUAAACUGCUGGAAUUUUGGCACAUUCCUCCAGACAGAACUGGUGUAACUGAGUCAGGUUUGUAGGCCAGAGGCUACAAACUAGGGGCUACAGGUUUUGAGGUCAGGGCUUUGUGAAGCCACUCCAAUACCUUGACUUUGUUGUCCUUAAGCCAUUUUGCCACAACCUUGGAGGUCAUUGUCUAUUUGGAAGACUCAUUUGUUACCGAGCUUUAACUUUGUGGUUGAUAUCUUGAGAUAUAUCCACAUAAUUGUCCUUCCUCAUGAUGCCAUCUAUUUUGUGAAGUGCACCAGUCCCUCCUGCAGCAAAAAAAAAACCCACAACAUGAUGCUGCCACCCCCAUGCUUCACAGUUGGGAUGGUGUUCUUCUGCUUGCAAGCCUCAUCCUUUUUCCUCCAAACAUAAUGAUGGUCAUUAUGGUCAAACAAUUCAAAGUAACAUCUUUGUCCCCAUGUGCACUUAAACUGUAGUCUGGAUUUUUUAUGAUGGUUUUGGAACAGUGGCUUCUUCCUUGCUGAGCAGCCAUUUAUGUUAUGCUGAUAUAGGACUCGUUUUACUGUGGAUAUAGAUCCUUGUCUACUUGUUUCCUCCAGCAUCUUCGCAAGAUCCUUUGGUGUUGUUCUGGGAUUGAUUUGUACUUUUUGCACCAAACUACGUUCAUCUCUAGGGGACAGAAUGUGUUUCCUUCCUGAGCGGUAUGAUGGCUGCGUGGUCCAAUGGUGUUUAUGCUUGCAUACUAUUGUUCGUACAGAUGAACGUGAUACCCUCAGAUGUUUGGAAAUUGCUCCCAAGGAUGAACCAGACUUGUGAAGGUCCACAAUUUAUUUUCUGAGGUCUUGGCUGAUUUCUUUUGAUUUUCACAUGAUGUCAAGCAAAGAGGCACUGAGUUUGAUGGUAGGCCUUAAAAUACAUCCACAGGUACACCUCCAAUUCAGUGCACCUCCUAUCAGAAGCUUAUUGGCUAAUUGUCUAAAGGAUUUACAUAAUUUUCUGGAAAUUUCCAAGCUGCUUAAAGGCACAGUUAACUUAACUUAAUUUCUUACCCACUGGAAUUGUUGUAUAGUCAAUUUAAAGUGAAACAGUCUGUCUGUAAACAAUUGUUGGAAAAAAAUGCUCGUGUCAUGGACAAAGUUGAUGUCCUAAACGACUUGUCAAAACUAAAGUUUACUAAUAUAUAAUCAGUGGAGUGGUUAAAAAAUGUGUUUUAAUUACUUCAACCUAAGUGUAUGUAAACUUCUGACUUCAACUCUAACUCUUAUCUCCUUCACCCUCUCCUAUACUAAUCUAUUUUAUGGUAACCUACCCUAUACUACUCAACUCAACUCUUCUGUACUGUCAUUUUUAUAUCCUAUCCUACUCUGUUCUUUUGUACUCUAAUCUACUAUGACUCUGACCUUGUCUAUUCUCUUCUCUUCUUUUCUCUUCUCUACUCCACCCUAUCCUGUUCUAUUAUAUCCUACCCUUUCCUACUUAACUCUUCUCUACUCUGAUAUUUCCUUUUCUGUUAUAUUAUAUUCCAUUCUAUUCUAUUCUGGUAUAUGUGUGAUGGAUCAUUAUAUCACCGUGCAACUGGAUCUUUUGCUUUUUGUUGAAUGCUAAGUGCAGUUAGAGGAGCCCUAUAAUUUAUGAUCAUUUUAGAGUCUCUCUCUCUUGGUAGUUGUCUAGUGUCUAUUGGACAACAUGUAAAUCACGUCAAAUCAAAAUUUUAGCCCUUCAAGUGUGGAGUUUAAAUUAGCAUUCCAGACACUUCAGAGCUUGUGUCGUGAGCAGAAAAUUAUGUCAAAUUCUCUCUCUUCUAUUGCUGUGCAAAUCAGUGAUUCAUCAGUCAAAUUUAACACAGGUUUUUGUAAUUCUGGCUCUGAAAAAGACUUGUGCCUGAAUAUAUCAUUAUGAUUAAUUUUGUUUUGUCCUACAGAUUUAGACACAUUAACUGUUUUAAUUUUUCAGUUUAUUCAGAAUUCCUCAACUUUUAUGGAGACUGCUGUCAACUGGAUCACACCAGGCCAUUAGAUAAAUGCUGUGGUUUAGCUUUCAUUGUAUGGAUGUUGUAUUUCAUGUCCUUUUUCAGUAACUGUAUGAUUUAUUUUCCCUUUCACCUCAAUAGUAAAUUAAGACACCAAGCCCAAAGUGAACGCUUUGGAUACAGAGAGGUAAUCUUAAAAGGAGACCCCAAGAAGCUGAAUCUUCAUGGGCAGACAUGCGCCGUGUGCUUAGAGGACUUUAAGGUGAAAGAUGAGCUAGGAGUGUUGCCUUGCCAACAUGCCUUUCACAGGAGGUGUGUGGUGAAGUGGCUGGAGGUGCGCUGUGUCUGUCCCAUGUGUAAUAAACCCGUCUCUGGAUCCACCGAGAAGCACCAGAGCAUAGGCACGUUACCGGACGAGCUGGUGUAGCACUGGACACUUCUGGAAAAGGGACAAGACUGGCAUCAGACGUUGUGUGUGUUCCUCCUUUCUGGAGAUUUUUACAUACAUAAACAGCUGGACUGUACUUCUCUGCAACUCUAGGAUCUAAUUGUGACUCUAACCUUAUGUAAAGACAGGUUAAACCUUUAGCACAAAGACGAAGUUAAGGGGCAAGUUUUCUCAAUCUCAGAGUAAGCAAAACCUUUUCUAAAACACAGGGCCAUAGCAAGGUAAUAUGGGCCCCCUGACUGUAUAUUGCUCUGGGCCCCUUUCCUAUUAAAACAUAGAGUUUAGAAUUUGUUGUGGGGCCCCCUGGACAUUUGGGGCCUUAGAAUCAUGACCACCUUUCACCCCACUAGCUACGGCCCUGCUAAAACAUACUGGCAUUGAAGAUUCUUGAAUGAAGACACUUUUAAAUACAGGAAUAGACAUUGUCAAGCCUAUCAUCUCUAAUUAGUUUAUCAUUGAAUGCCAAUAGUUAAACUGAAUGGCACUAAACAGCAUUCCAAUACAUAAACGUCUGAACGCUGCAUUGGAGAUAGACAGCAGCAAAGUGCACUGGGCCAAAAUAACUUUUUUAAAGUAGCGUGUAUGUAAGAGAGAGUGUGUCUGUUUUGUACAGUAACCAUUUGUAGUAAUAGAUGUCUCGUUCAUUAUGAAAUGUGCACAAAUCAUUGACUGUCUUCAGAGAUUUUAAGCAAACGCUACCACAGUUCUAGGACACUUAGAAAUGGACUACCGGUGAAAAAACAAGUGGCUUUCCUUUUGUAUUUCAAGUUGUUGUGUUUGUUCACUGUAACCUCGUUGCCAUUGUUACUGAUGUGUUUAGGUCAAUGUUUUCACACGGGAAAAAAGCCUUUUGAUUCAUUUGUCUUUGCAGUAUAUUUUUUUGCUUGUCAACGCUGUGUCUGAAACUAAAGGUAGUUACCUCGUUGCUCAGUCAGUCAAUAACUUAACAGUCAACUUUUUUGAAUGAAGGUACCUCCUAUGGAAUCUGUUUUAGACAGGCUUUCAAAGCAUUAUGUCAUGUCUAAUGGUGACUGGAGCUUUUAAGCUUUAUAAAGAACAAAAAGCUACACAAAAGUUCCAUAAACGCAGUGCAAAUGACUCUAGCUUGGAAUAGCGACUAGUAUAUUCUUCAAAAUGUUUCAUUUUGUGUUCCACUACAGAUCCCCAUUUAUAUGUCUUUUAAACAAUACACACUUUAAGCUAAACAAAGCAUUUAAUGCUUAAAA